UUGUGGUAGGUUGAGGGAGUUUUUAAACUAGGCGGGCGUGUCAUGGCGCAGGAGGCGGCCACCAGGCGGCUCCCUCACUCACUCCUCCGCCAUCUUCGCAGUUCAUCACGUAGCUCGCUCGACACCACCAUGAGUCUCACCAAGCCUGUUAUGCGUGGCCUCCUCACCAGCCAGAUUAAGAGGCAACUUGUGAUUGCCACAGUCCUCAGUGGUGUGGCUGUUGCAGGGUGGAAAAUAUUGGUACAGAACCCCAGGAAACAACUCUAUGCUGAUUUUUACAAGGAUUAUGAUGCACAGGCUGAAUUUGAUCGCAUCAGAAAUCUGGGGUUGUUCCAGUCCUGUAGGCCAGAUGGAGAGGAAGCCGAAGAGUAAUGUGUGAUAUUCAACAAGAGCCUUAUUCUGUAAUUCUAGGUGGUGUUUGACACUGAUGGACAUUCUCUUGACUUGUGUAACUUGUACAAAUGUACUGUAAAUUAUUACUUUAGA